UGUCUAUCUAAUGUCAAUAAAACUCAUAAAAUUAGAGAAAUUAGGGUUACAAACAUUUUUUCUUUGAAAGUUCAUUUUUGUGAGAGUAAAAUUCCUCUCUCAAUUCUUAAGGGUGUCAAGAGGGAUUUGAAAAGUUUCACUUCAAGAUGGAGGACAAUGAUAGUACUCAAAAGUUUUCCAUCACAGAUGAAGAUGGUUCUGUUUCAAUUGGAGUUGGCCAAGACAUUCGUCCAAGUGAAAAAAUUAAAGACAUUGAUAGAGAAAUAAAGAUUUCAAAAGAAAUUAAUCCAAAUGAGUAUGCUAUAGUUAAAGGAAAGAAGAAUUCAAAUGAUGUCAAUUCAAACGAGUACGACAUAACUGAAGAAGAAAAGAAUUUUAAAGAAGUCAAUCUAAACUUAAGGAAGAUGGAAGAUGAAGAUGGUUUUGUUUCAAUUGGAGUUGGCCAAGAUAUUACUCCAAGUGAAAAAACCAAAGACAUUGAUAGAAAAAUAAAGAUUUCAAAAGAAAUUAACCCAAAUGAGUAUGCUAUAGCUGAAGAAAAGAAGAAUCCAAACGAAGUCAAUUCAAACGAGUACAACUUAACAAAAGAAGAAAAGAAUUUAAAAGAAGUCAAUAUAAAGGGGUAUGACAUCGAUAAAGAAAAGAAGGCUAUGAUAGAGCCUAGCAAAUUUAUAGGGCGCAACAUCUACAAAGAAUUUGAAGGAGUUAAAUCUUUUGGAACUGUUACCACCUACAUGACUUUCGCCAAAUUGUUUGAAGUUGUAUACAAAAAUGAUAAUCGCAUGGAGUAUUUGGAUCAUGAUGAUAUUUUGAACCAUUUGGUAAAAAAGGAUAAGACAUACGAGAUUCAACUAGUAGAAUCCUCCAGCAAUAAAACUGAAAUGGAAGAAGUUAGAGAUGGAUCCACUUCUAAAAGGAAGAUGGAAGAUAGUUCAAUAAAUAAGGGUAAAAGCUCAAGCAAGAAGGAAAAAAUAUCAAGUUCAUACUAUGCUCAGAAUUUUAGAGAAAAUGAAUACGAAGAAGAAAUCUAUGAGCCUUACCAUUUCACAAGACAUAUAUGCAAAGAAUAUAUAAUCCGAUUGCAGAUUUUGCGCAGUAUGGAAAAAUAUGAGUAUUUUUUGCCAACACCAAGUACAAGUGAUUCAAAUGAUGACACUGGAGAAGCAUCAGCUUCUGAAACCAAAUAAAGAACUGCAUAUAGUAGACCAAAAGUAUGAAGAGAAAUGUCCACCAAAGGAGAAUAUAGUUAGCUUUGAGAAAAGCCCUUGAAUUUCAAAAACUACUUUAUGAUAUUUGCAAAACUACCGUAUUUUCAAAAUGAUUAUAGAAGUGUGUUAAACUU